AUGUCCGUCGAAAACAUUGCUGCUCUUAAAAGACAGCGGGCGACCAUUAAGGCGUCGUGUACGCGUACGAAAACAUACGUGGAUGCGGUCACGUCUCUUACGCCGUCGGUAAUAGCGCAACUUGAGGAACGCAAGGUAAAGCUGGAUCUCAAUUGGUCGGAAUAUAAUACCGUUCAAUCGCGAAUAGAAGCAUUGGAUGAAAAUGAAGGCAGCGAUCGCUCAGGGUUCAAGGAGGCAUAUUACGCGUUAUCGGCGAAAAUGAGAAAACUAACUAUAUCCGUGCCAUCGGCGCGUAAUAUGGCGCCAUCGCCAUCCAAUGUCUCCGAUACUUAUAGUUCCGUGGCGCAUGUACGAUUGCCGAAAUUGAAUCUUUCGAGUUUUAGCGGUAAAUACGACGAGUGUGAGGCCAGUGAUGUCAUCAGUUCGCUGGAAAUCUCGGAUUUCAAUUAUGAGAUUGCCUGGCGAUUAUUGAAGGAGCGUUAUGAUAACAGAGAGAGAGAAUCAUUGUGCAUACACAUAUUAGAAGCCAUCAUGGAGCUUCCAUUUAUGUCUAAGGAGAAUUCCAGCGAGCUGAGGCUAAUUGCGGAUGGCGCGUCCAAGCAUGUACGUGCCCUACAAGCACUCCAGCGCCCAACAGCCCACUGGGAUGAUAUUCUUGUGUAUAUUCUAAGCGCUAAGCUCGACACAAUCACUCUGCGAGAGUGGCAGUCCUCUUUGGCCGACACGGAGCUCCCGACUCUGAAACAGAUUAUCGAGUUCAUAUCGCAUCGCUGUCAGGUUCUGGAAGCGACAGGCAAGUCUUCCAUCAUUUCAACCAAAGGUAACAAUUCGCGGAAUUCGUUACAGGCAAGGCGCCAGUCCGCGUGUACGGCAACAAUAGGUUACAAAUGCAAUUUCUGUCAGGGCGAACACUCGAUUUACAAAUGCAAGGAAUUUCUAGCCCUUCCAAUACCGCGUAGAAAUUCAGAAAUCCGUAGCCGCAAAAUCUGUAUCAAUUGUUUACGUUCUACAACGCAUGUAGCUAGCAAAUGCCCUUCAGGCGGUUGCAAAAAUUGUAAGGCCAAACAUAAUGCGCUACUGCACACGACAACCGUUACUAGCACACAAGAUCACGACGAGGAAAAUUGCGCGAAACAGGUAAUAGCCAUGACUCAAGCGGCCUUGGCCACACACGCGUCGAGUCUCCCUGACAAUAAAUGUACUAUACUCUCGACCGCCGUAGUGUACGUCUAUGAUAAAGAAGGCAGGCGCAUCGGGGGCCGUGCAUUGUUGGAUUGCGGCUCGCAGGCUAACUUUAUUUCUAGGGAAUUCUUAACCAAGCUUGAUUUAAAACCAAGAUCGAUAAGCGUUGUUAUCUCAGGGGUGGAUGAUAUCGAAUGUAUUGGCACCGAGCAAGUGACGGGUAAACUUCCCGCGGUCACCUUAGAUCGUGGGGCUUUCGACAUUCCUCGCAAUUUAGAGUUGGCUGACCCACAUUUCUAUAAAUCAUCUAAGGUCGAUUUAUUACUAGGUGUCGACAUAUUCUGGGACUUGGUGUGCGUGGGGCAGAUGCAAUCCUCGCCCAAACAUCCAACUCUGCAAAAGACGCGUUUAGGGAAGGUUGUGUUGGGCGCCCCAUUGAUCGUACCCUCGUGGAGAUUCGGUGCGAACUUCUUAGACAGCAUGUCCCAAAAUCCAGACGGUAGAUUUGUGGUAAAGCUUCCCAUCAAGGAGCAUAUGAUCAGCAAAAUAGGUUGUUCAAGGGACAUAGCGUUAAAGCGUCUAAAGAAUCUCGAGAAACGUUUUGAUCGUGAUCCUAACCUAAGACUACAAUAUACGGAGUUCAUGAACGAAUACCUAACCUCAGGGCAUAUGAAGGUUGUAGAUGAGCAUUCCGACGAAGUUUUUUACUUACCGCAUCAUUGCGUGUUUAAGGGCUCUGGUCAAUCUUCCAAAAUCCCCGUUGUCUUUGAUGCAUCGUGCAAAAGUAGCACAGGCGUAUCACUCAACGAUGUACUCACAGUAGGGCCUGUUGUGCAGCAGGAUCUAAUGUCCAUUUUACUACGAUUUCGUACACAUCGCUACGCUAUCUCGGCCGAUAUAAUUAAGAUGUAUCGACAGAUUUUGGUGGAUCCUCCGCAGACGAGACUGCAAAGAAUAUUGUGGCGCGAUAGUGUAAAGUCGGACAUCAAGGAAUUUGAGCUAACAACAGUGACGUACGGUACUUCCUCCGCCUCAUAUUUAGCGACGAAAUGUCUAACAUACUUGGCGGAACAACACGAUGCGACGUUUCCAGUAGGAUCGAAAUGCGUCAGGCAAGACUUUUAUAUGGACGAUAUGCUCACGGGGGCAGACACGAUUACUGAAGCCGAGUUAAUAGUAAAGGAAGUUACGCAAUUACUACGACUAGGUUUAUUCGAACUCAGUAAAUGGGCAUCAAAUUGCCCACAGUUACUCGAUUAUGUGGGUGGUCAUGGUGACUCAAUCGUCAUUAGUAGCAGCGAACAUCCACGCGUAUUGGGGGUUUUAUGGAGCCAAACAAACGACAAGUUAGAGUUUUCGUAUGAGACGGACGUAGAUCAUCAUAUGGUAUCCAAGCGCGCAAUAUUAUCAGAAACCGCUAGAUUGUUCGAUCCCCUAGGAGUGCUAGGAUCUAUUAUAGUUACGGCAAAAAUCAUCCUCCAAGAGCUUUGGCAAGCGGGCUGUCAAUGGGAUGAAUCCGUUCCUCAAGCCAUACAAUCACGAUGGCUAAAAUUCAAAUCGCAGUUACCUGAGAUAAACAGAUUGCAAAUUAAUCGAUGCGUCAAAUUUGCUUCAGAUCCUCGUCACGUUCAAAUAUAUGGGUUUUGUGAUGCCAGUCAGUGUGCCUAUGGAGCAUGCAUAUACGUCCGAACGGAGGGUAGCAACGAGUAUCGCUUGGAGAUUCUCUGUUCAAAAUCUCGCAUUGCACCUCUCAAGACGGUGUCUCUGCCAAGGUUGGAACUAUCCGCAGCAUUGUUACUAGCUCAGCUGUUAAUUGGAAAAGACUCGACGAUAGCAUUAAAUUGGUUGACUUCACCUUCCCGGAAGUGGACAGCCUUCGUGGCCAACCGAAUCGGUGAAAUACAACGUAUCACAAGGAUAGAGUGUUGGGCUCAUGUUUCAUCUGCUGAUAAUCCUGCGGACGUGUUAUCGCGUGGGCUCAAUCCCCACGAGUUGGCAAGCUCUUGUGGUGGCAAGGCCCCGCCUUCCUGCGAUCUCCUCAAGAUCAAUGGCCAAGCAGUGGAUUCACUCGACUCGCGAAUGGCAUGCCGGAGGCGCGGGUAG